CAAGUCCUUCUCGCAUACCGAGGUGGUAAUAACCUUGGGACAUUGCACAGUCAGAUUGCAGGACUAGAAAAGUAAAGCCGUCGAAGCGUAGUCUAGUCUGGCCUAUUUCAUCCUUCAUAUGCACAUGUCUCGAGCGUCUAGCACACUGUCCAAAAUUCACACUUCGCGAACCUGCAGCAGCCUCUCCGAUCUCUCGUCCAUUCAGAGCCGGUCGUCAUUUCACCGCCAAUUGUCAACACUGUGCCUCCCGCCCCGCGCCCCUGCCUCCAACAAGUUUGCUCAUCGUUCCCUCACUGGCACUUUCGCCCUGGCUUCCACCAAGCCGACAGAAAAUUCCAUCUCUCCUCCCCUCCGUCACUCCACCUCUACAACCAUAGCUUCCCAACGCUCAGAAGCCAUUGCUCGACACUUCUCUACUUCUGCUUCGUCAUUACGUCCAGCGUCUUCCACGAUGUCGUACAGCAAGCAGCCUUCGGAAUAUCAGCCCAGAAAAAUCGGUGCUCUUCACACAAACGAGUUCAGAUGCUACAUUGAGAAAGAUGGCACCCCGGUCUCGCCCUUCCAUGACAUUCCCCUCUACGCCAACGAGCAGCAAACAAUCCUGAACAUGAUCGUCGAGAUCCCAAGAUGGUCCAAUGCAAAGCUUGAGAUCUCCAAAGAUGAAUUCCUGAAUCCCAUCAAGCAAGACGUCAAGAAAGGCAAGCUCCGAUUCGUUCGCAACUGCUUCCCUCACAAGGGCUAUCUCUGGAACUACGGCGCUUUCCCAAGAACCUGGGAGGACCCCAAUGUUGUUCACCCUGAAACAAAGGCCAAGGGCGAUAACGACCCAUUGGACGUCUGCGAAAUUGGUGAGCUGGUCGGGUACACCGGUCAGAUCAAGCAGGUCAAGGUCCUUGGUGUUAUGGCACUUCUCGAUGAAGAAGAGACUGACUGGAAGAUUAUUGUCAUCGACGUCAAUGAUCCUCUGGCCCCCAAGCUGAACGAUAUCGAAGACGUUGAGCGUCACCUUCCUGGCCUGCUCCGAGCGACGAACGAAUGGUUCCGCAUCUACAAGAUCCCAGAUGGAAAGCCUGAGAACCAAUUCGCGUUCAGCGGUGAAUGCAAGAACAAGAAGUACGCCGAGGAGAUUAUCCGCGAAUGCAGUGACGCUUGGGAACGUCUGAUCACCGGCAAGCAACAACGCGGCGAUAUCAGCCUGGCCAAUGUCACAAAUACCAGCUCGCCAGAUCGUGUCGAUCCUUCGCAACUCUCCAAGAUCCCUCCGGGACAGAACAUUCCCCCUGCGCCAAUCGACGGAACCGUUGACAAGUGGUUCUUCAUCUCUGGUGCGGCCGUCUGAUCUGUUGCGCUCUAGGUUGUUGGCUGAUUUCGUUCAGGAGCUGGUGCAACUUCGGAAGACUACAUGAAGAAAUGAGAUUGCGACCCGGAAAGAGCGUGGAAUUCGUAGUCUUGUCCAAGACUCAUUCGAAUAGACUAAAAACUUUACAUAUGUCAAUUAUGUAGCUGAUCCAGCCAGAAUGGACAAGAGUUGCAAAAGAAAUGGUUUCGUGAUCAAUACCUGGCUGCGACAGGAGAACCCUUCCACAUCCUUUUCAGAUGAGCCAGCAGCUUUUACGAAUGCAAGGUCUUAAUGCCUCAUCCUAAAACCAGUAUCGUUGACCUGUGGGAAUGCCUUACGUGGCACACCGGUCGCAUGUAUUCUUGUGUCUCGUUGCCCGGGGGG